CAUACACACCCAGUCAUAAAAUGGUAAAAUGGCCCAAAUUUGUCAUUUUUUGAUAGUUUUUUCAAUAUAUUUUCUGUUUUUUUCAGUGGCAAAGAAGCAUAACCAGAUCACCAAACUCAACAAAUUGACCGAGUCAAGAAGAUCAGAGAAUCCGCCAGCUGGGGAAACAUGGACAGAACAAGAUACAUCAAACUUAUCUCCAAUACUUUCUGUUGAACCUCAACAAGGAUCAAAGGAAGCAGACAGGGUUGAUAGGCUUCCAGGUCAACCACAAGUGGACUUUGAUCAUUUUGCAGGCUAUAUAACAGUCGAUUUAAAGGCUGGAAGGGCAUUGUUCUAUUACUUUGUUGAAUCACCUCACAAUUCAUCAUCCAAACCUCUCCUCCUCUGGCUAAAUGGAGGACCUGGAUGCUCGUCGUUUGGAUAUGGAGCCAUGGAAGAACUUGGACCCUUCCGAGUCAACAGUGAUGGGAAAACACUCUACCGCAAUGAUUAUGCAUGGAACAAUGAGGCUAACGUACUAUUUUUGGAGUCGCCAGCUGGAGUGGGGUUCUCGUAUUCAAAUAGAUCGUCUGACUACACAACAGGAGACAAGCAAACAGCUAAAGAUUCAUACACUUUCCUCAUCAACUGGCUUCAAAGAUUCCCCGAAUACAAAACCCGAGAUUUCUUUAUUACAGGUGAAAGCUACGCAGGUCACUACGUACCUCAACUCGCAUCCCUCAUUCUCUCGGAAAACAAGAAAACUAAGGGAACGAUCAUUAAUCUUCAGGGAAUUGCAAUUGGGAAUGCUUUGUUAGAUGACAAUACACAUCUUCAAGGGAUGCUAGACUACUUAUGGACACAUGCCCUAAUGUCCGAUGAGGCAAAUGCAGGAAUUAAAAGGUAUUGUGACGAUGCUGUGAAUUUAAGCAAUAUAUCAGAAAAGUGCUAUCAGUAUGUAGACCAAGGAUUUACUGAGGUUGGUAAAAUUGAUAUUUACAACAUCUAUGCACCACUCUGUGAACGAACCACACAAAAACUUCAAUCUACUGCGUCUGUCAAGAACUUUGAUCCUUGCUCUAGUCGUUAUGUGUCUUCAUAUCUGAAUCGAGCAAAAGUUCAAGAAGCUCUUCAUGCCCGAAAUACCUCAUGGUCACAUUGCAGGUACCUCUUUUCUUAUAAAUACCUCAAAGCCAAUAUAAAAAGGCUGACUGUUUACUUUAUUAUGAGCAGCGAUUAUAAUUGGACAGAUAGCCCAACGACUGUUUUGCCAACUAUCAAUCAGCUAAUUGCAUAUGGUAUUAGACUCUGGAUAUACAGUGGUGACACUGAUGGAAUGAUCCCAGUAACAUCCUCAAGGUACUUCGUGAAUAAGUUAAAGCUUCCAAUAGAGACUGCUUGGAGACCAUGGUACUAUAAUGGAGAGGUGGGAGGAUAUGUGGUAGGCUACAAAGGAGUUAUACUUACCACAGUAAGAGGCGCAGGGCAUGCAGUCCCUAGUUACCAGCCAGAAAGAGUAUUGCUUUUGAUUUCAUCAUUCCUUCAUGGAAAACUUCCGCCAUCUUUGGCUGAAUAACCAUUAAUAUAAGUUAUUUACCGGAUGAAAAAUGACAAGUUAUAAGCAAGUGGUAUCCAAUCAUAUUGGAAAUAUAACAAGUUCAUUUUGAGCAUUGAAUGUUUAUAUACAAUAAUAUAAUAAAUAUGUCUCUUUAAUCAUUUUGUAUGGCUUUAAAAUAAAGUGAAUGGAAAGAAAUUUGUCAAUUCCA